GCUCGCAACCGCCGCGUGCGCGAAAGUUAACAAAAUAGUUAUCUCUCUUUUUUUUUUUUUUUUUACUUUUGAUAAAUUUUUAUAUUCUCCGGACGUUGUUCGUCGUUUGUUGUUUGUUGUUGUUGUUGUUGUUGACGCGGGCCAACGAUGGACUGGAUCAACAACCCUCUCGCUGUGGUUGAAGGGAUGUUCGCUGCUUCCCAGAGCAACCCAAACUCCGGAUGGGAGGCGAAAGCGGUUGAAUUCUUCAAAGAUCAUCUGAAAGAGAAAGACGCUCAUACCUCGGUCCCGUCUCUGAACGACGUCCCUCUGCACUACCUGAAGCCCAACAGCCUGGUGAAGUUUCGCUGCCUCAUCCAAGACAUGUUCGACCCCGAGUUCUACAUGGGCGUGUAUGAGACUGUCGAUCCCGCCACAAAGGCCAAAGUGUUGCGUUGCGGGAAGUACAAAGACGUGACAGAGUGCGGGGUGGAUUUCAACUCCAGAAACACUGUGACUGCAGAGAGACAGACUUUCUACUGCGUGCCAAUCCCUGGAGAAAAUCCCUGGGUGAAAGAGAGCUACGCCGGCUCCAGCCAAGCGAGAGUGGUUCCCUCCACCUCGUAUGCGCCGACCAGACAGAAGCGCAGCUACGAGGAGGACGACGAAAUGGACGACAUGGACACGCAGCCGCAGAAGCAGCGGGAGCCACACACUGGUCCUCAGAGUCCCACAGAACAGCACGGCAACGGUGACUGUAAGAGACAAGAGACAGAAGCUCCCUCCAGCCAGACGGCAUCUACCUCUCAUCUCGACCUCAACUUCCCUCUGCCGGGAGAAAAAGGCCCUUCCUGCCUCGUCAAGGUGUACGAGGACUGGGACAGCUUCAAACUGAACGACACGCUGGAGGUCUACGGGAUCCUCUCCGUCAGUCCCGCUCUCAGCGCUCUGGCCGACGAGAAAGACGCCUCCUCAUCCAUCGUGGACCCCGCGGACUCCAUGGAGACGGCAGAGGAGCAGAGGGUGCACUGCCCGCCGGCCUCGCUCGUCCCUCGCCUCCACAUGCUCCACGCCAGGCCGGUGUCGCACAACAACCCCCUGCUGCCCUCCGCCACGCUGGAGGACAACAGCGCCUUUUUAUCGUCGACCCUGAGUGAGAUGGCCUCCGUCAGGGCCGAGCUGCUCGCAUACUUCACUCACAUCCUCCUGGGAGACGCUUUGGCGGCUGAGUACCUCCUUCUGCAUCUCAUUUCUAACGUGUACAGUAGACGGGACGUUCUCCCACUCGGCAAGUUCACCUUGAACCUGAGUGGCUGCCCGACGGUCGCCUCGUACACCGAACGCCUCUACCAGAUCAUCCAGCAGCUCGUGCCUUCUUCGUACUAUCUGGGAAUGAGCCUGCAGAACAUGAACCAGAUGCGGUUGGUGCCUAAGAAGGACUAUGUGGCCAAUCGGCUAGCGAGUGGAGUCCUGCAGCUGGCCAGAAACACUUCCCUGUUCCUGGAUGAGAUCCAGCUGGAGCAGGGACAACUGGACACAACAGGUGUGCGUAACGUCACGGCCCUCGGGAACCUGAUCUCUUGGCAGAAGGUCGAUUAUGACUUUAACUACCACCAGAUGGAAUUCCCCUGCAAUAUUAACGUGCUCAUCGUGUCAGAGGGCCGCUCGCUGCUGCCGUCCGACUGUCGGAUACACCUACAGUCUCAGGUCACCCCAGCCGACAUGGAGGAGUACCUCAGCAGCAUCCACAUGCAUACGCAGACGUCGUCACAGCUCAACAAGUUCAGACUCUACCUGAGCGUGGCUCGGCUGCUGGACUACAAUAUCUCUGACGAAAUGACAAAGUCAGUUGAGGAUGACUUUGUAGAUAUGAGGAAGGACGACCCCCAGAGCGUGUCUGCUGAGGACCUCCACAGGAUGCUCGUCGUUGCGAGGUUGCUGUCUCUGAGCCUGGGACAGACCUCUCUGUGCAGAGACAGCUGGCUGAGAGCCAAACACAUCGACAUGCAGCGGAGGAGCCGGAUGGAGCAGCACAAGUGUGUCAACGGCAACGAGCCGUGAUCAGAGAGACGAAUGAGACGGCUUUUGUUUUUCUUUUUUGAUACCUUAAAAAAAAAAAAAAAGUUUGUAAUAAAGAUGCUUUUCAUAUGCCAGAAA